AUAGUGUCGGUGGAUCACGUAAGGGACCCUCGCACUGCACCAGCGCCAGCUUUCCAGGAGUUGCAUCAUUCGAAGCGGAGACCCCCGCCUCCCCCACGCCCCCUCCUGCUCUGUAUUGGCAGCUCGCUGUUACGGCUGCGUAUUUACUCCGCGCUUAGAUUCUGCUGCACAAAGGCUUGCCAAGCAACUUUCCUCCUGUUCGGCUUACCGGUUAUUGGGCCAAAUGGGCAAAACGAAGGAAAUGAACGGCCACGCCGGCGGGCAGGAGGAAUUCGCCGUGUCAGCGACCAUCCAAGUUGAAGAGAAAGACAUCGGGCGGCCAAAGCGGAACAAGUUAGUGGGCUUCUUACGGAGAAACAAGCUGGUGAUCCUGACGGUGUCCGGAGUGAUGGUGGGCGUGGGUAUCGGACUGGCCGUGAGGAGGAUGGAGCUGAGCCGGGCGCAUAUGAUUUACUUUGCCUUCCCCGGAGAGAUGCUCUUACGGAUGCUGAAAAUGAUCAUCCUGCCCCUUGUGGUGUGUAGCUUGGUCUCGGGGGCUGCCAGUCUUGAUACCAGGUCCCUGGGAAAGUUAGGAGGCAUAGCCGUGGCGUACUUUCUAGUGACCACACUGAUUGCGUCUGGCAUUGCCGUUGCCCUCGCCAUCAUCAUCAAGCCAGGAGAGGGCGCAGGGAGGCUGAACACCAACAGCCUGGGGCUGAGUGACACUGUCAACACUAACAAGGAGACUGUGGACUCCUUCCUGGACCUGGCAAGGAACUUAUUUCCAGCAAACCUUGUUGCAGCAGCCUUUAGAUCGUACGUAACGGAGUACAAGACCAUUCAUAUAGGAAACAUCACCGAAGGAAGUGCCACUUUUCAAAAGAUUCCAGUUGGCACAGAAGCUGAGGGCAUGAACAUCUUGGGUCUGGUUCUCUUUGCCAUUAUAUUUGGAAUAGCUCUGCGAAAGCUUGGAUCUGAAGGGGAAGAAUUAAUCCGGUUUUUCAAUUCUUUUAAUGAAGCAACAAUGGUCAUUGUAACGUGGAUUAUGUGGUAUAUUCCUAUUGGAAUCACAUUCCUGGUAGCAAGCAAAAUUGUAGAAAUGGAAGACAUUGUUCUCCUCGUCACCAGUCUUGGAAAAUAUAUACUUGCGUCGAUUCUUGGGCACAUAAUACAUGGUGGAAUAGUCCUGCCUCUUAUCUACUUUGGACUCACCCGAAAAAACCCUUUCAGUUUUCUCUCAGGCCUGAUUACUCCUUUUGCAACUGCUUUUGCCACCUGCUCCAGCUCUGCUACUUUGCCUUCUAUGAUCAAGUGCAUUGAAGAAAACAACGGUGUCGAUAAAAGAAUCAGUAGGUUCAUUUUACCUAUUGGAGCAACUGUAAACAUGGAUGGGGCGGCGAUCUUCCAGUGCAUCGCUGCAGUUUUCAUUGCCCAGUUAAAUGGAGUUGAACUAAAUGCAGGACAGAUCUUCACUAUUCUUGUUACUGCAACCGCCUCAAGUGUUGGAGCUGCAGGAGUCCCUGCUGGAGGAAUCAUCACCAUUGCAAUUAUUCUAGAAGCCAUUGGCCUCCCAACAAACGACUUGUCACUCAUGCUCGCAGUCGACUGGAUUGUGGAUCGAACCACCACUGUUGUGAAUGUUGAAGGUGAUGCACUUGGUGCCGGUAUUCUCCAUCAUAUUAACCAGAAAGCAAUGAAGAAGGAACAACUCCAUUUGGAAGAUGUGAGGGUGGAAGCUAUACCCAACAAUAAAGCAGAAGAAGAGACAUCUCCACUAGUCAUGCAUAGGAGCACAGCCAUUACACCUACCGGGUCGGAGGACUCUGACAAUAAAGAGUCAAGUCUAUGAUGUGAAGGGACCAGCCACACUAUAAGCUCAUUUUUGUAUUGUUGUCUAGUAUACAAGUCACACUGUUUUGUUCAACUUUAUGUCUCUGAACACCCAGGUAACUAAAACAAACGUCACUACUAACAUCCAUGUAGCCUUAACUGUGAAAGCAGGGCAAACUGAGCCAUGAAAGGCACAAUAUGGGCCUCUUCUUUGUGUGUUACAUACGUGCCAGUGUGUCAGAGCAAAUCAGGAUCAAAGGGUUCUAGGCCAUCACGAGUAUAACCCUUUUUCAGCAUCUGUUUUGGAAAACAAAAAAUAAGGAAAGGACAUAGCUUACUAGACAUGCUUGGCAUAAUUCUGUAAAAUACAGGGAACUCAGUGAUUCCCAUAUUAUCUAGUGUAGAACUGUAGGGCACAAGAUGUUUUUCCAUUAUAAUAGCAUUCUUAAAUAAAUACUGUAUUGGAAUAUUUUGUAACAUAGUUAUAAAAUAGUAUAUUUAAUCAUAUUAUUUACUGUAGCCAUUAAUUUGUUGUCAGUACAAUGUUUCGUCCUUUGAGCUUAUUGUUCAAUGAAAAAUCUGUUAAAGAUUAGGAGGGACCACAUUCUUUACUUUAUUAAGCACCAUUCAUAGCCUAACCAUCAUCAGGUGCUUCACCCGAGUAAAAGGACACAUUUGAAAGUAAACACGUGUCAUAAACAUGCUACACAUAAAGUAAAUUAAAAUAAGUAAAGAAGAGCUGAGCAAUACAUUGGAGCUGAUGAAUAGGCUGAGAGAGUACAGCUGUUACAGAAGUAGACAGAAGUGCAAGAGAGAAGAGCGAGGCCUUAAAGUCUUUAGAUCUGAAAGAGUCCACCCGUGUCGCUUCAUGCAUUCCAGAGGUGUAGGAGCCACAAAACUAAAUGAGUAUUCAUCGAGAAAGUUUGAGUAUCAAAGCUGCUCUUGCCUUUUCUGUAAAAAUCAAAAGAUUAUAAAAACUUCAUAAACGUUUUUUUGAGUAUAAGCUAUUCAGGCAUAUUAUGUGAAACACAACACAUCCAGAUUUAUGCAAGAUGAGAGGUGAAGGUCUAUCAUGGAGCUACUUUAAACUUCACCACUAGUCAUCUUGUCCCAUUUACCUGCAGUACUUUGUGAAAAAUGCACAUAACAUUUUGUAAGAUUUACUUUCAAACAAUUUUUAUUUCUUCCAACCAAUGUGUUCAUGUUGAAGAUAAGAUUCAGAAAUAACAGAUGGCAUAAGCCUUAUUUACUCCCUUCCUAAUUUUAAACACUGCUAUUAUAAUUUGCCUUCAUUUACAUUAACUUAAAAUUACGAAAUUUAACUGCUUCAGGUUUUCCUUCAGAUUAAUGAUGUAGCCCUGAAACCAGUUUUCAGGACUUCCCCUAACAUUCUUGUGGACUUCAUUUAAAAAAUGGAUUGUGAAACAGAACACAGUAUUUAAGAUGUGGCCCCAUAAGAGUACAUCUUCCUCAAUUUGUACUCCAUAACCCAACACCCUAUUGCCUUUAAUAAUGACUUCUUUAUACUAUCUGCUGGUUCAUAGUGAUGUAUCCCCUCGACUUUUCCCAACAUAUUCAUUCUUCACCUCUCCUGCCUUCUGAAUUCCCAGGCAUUCCUUAUCAAAAGCUUCUUGCCAGGCUGACCACAUUUUCAUUUUAAUUGGUCAUAAUUGUUCUUGAUGCCUGGCAAGGCACAGAUUCAGCUGUAAUAUCCUCUGUAUUUAAAACAUAUCACAAUUGGGCAGAGGUGACACUUAUUUUUGCAAAGUGUCAAAACUUAUUUUCAUUUAUUGUUUAUACAAAAUAAUGCUGAUGACAUUACAGACCAGUGUGUGUGUGUAAGUUGGAUGGUAAGAUCCAAGUUUGACUAGUAAUACUUGCUGACCAUGGUGCCAGGAGUGGGUGACUUAAUGUUGGUCAGAUAUGCAAAUAAGAAUUCCAUUGUACUCUGAAUAUGUGACAAAAACAUUCAAACUGCUAAACAUGACUCAGAUGAUAAUAUCAAUAAUGAAUUUAUCUGCUGUUCCCUUCCUUUGCUAAAAAAAAGUUUAAUUUAUUAUCUUAUACUAAGACCACUAUAGCUGUUUUAUUCUAGAUGGACAAGAACCAGAGGCAGACCCUAGAUUUGCUAGAGGGAUUAAAUGUUUUUAGGGUUAGAUUUCUUGACUAUCUUAAGAGCAUCUGGGUAGUCCUAAGGACAGAGCUGCUUGGGAUUGAGUAGCCUAGUCAGUUGUAGUUGUACUCAACACUUUGUGUGAAAAUGAAUGAGUGAAUGAACAUAAAAACAGUAGUCCUGUAUAGUGGAUAUACAGUAGCUGUGCUCUUCCAACAUUUUACUUUAGGGGAGUGUUUGCAAGAAUCAGUUGUUGAUCCAUACAGUUCAUGUUGGGUAUUGUUGUGCUGUGCAUGCAUUAUACUGUAUACAGUGAUCCCUCGCUAUAUCGUGCUUCAACUUUUGCGGCUUCACUCCAUUGCGGAUUUUAA